AUGGAGAAGAUACAAUUACUGCGUGACCAGUUGAGUGCAGCUUUAUGGCAGCUGGAGCGAGACCUUCUCAUCGAUGUUUGUGGGCGACUGAAAUGUUACGGCCUCAGCAGCGGAGAACCUCCCAGAGAGACAAAAAGGGCACUCAUCAAGAUGGCAGAGGACGUUUUUGAUGAAGUCGAGAAAAAGGAUAAAGAUGAUGAGAAAACACCAACAGCGACACCUGCUACAUCCAAGAGGAAGUCCCGACCCCCACGGCGAGAGCAGCAGCCGCCCGAGUCUGGAGACACAUCCGACGACAACGAUUGCUGUGGAACUUACCAGUGGCACCUGCAACCCGGUCCGGGAAGAUGGCAGCAGCAGCAGGCUCCACUCAAUCCACUGGCGGUGUCCUUCCAGCCUCAUCAGGACCCAGCGCAACCAGAAGAGGAUUUGCCACUACAGAGCGAAGAGGAUUUGCCACUACAGAGCGAAGAGUAUUUGCCACUACAGAGCGAAGAGGAUUUGCCACUACAGAGCGAAGAGGAUUUGCCACUACAGAGCAAAGAGAACGUUCCAGUGCAAUCCCUAAUUGACUGGCCAGGGCGUGGUGAGUCCCCGACAGACAACGCUGCUGUCAGUGGAGGUAUGACUGAGACACAGCGACCUCAACGACAGCGGCAGCCCCCAAAGGUACUGAGUUACAACACGCUAGGCCAGCCGACUCUAGUUCAGAGAGACAAUAAGGCCAUGCAGAAACAUUCCCAGGGAGGCAAGCAGGUGUUUGACCUGCCACCACAGGAAGGAUAG